UUCCUCAUGUGAUCGCCAUUACAACACCUUUGCCAGCCCACCUCUCCAUUCACUCCGUUCACGCUUGGAGUUAGGUUGCCACUCCUUUUAAUGGCCGGAAUCCAUCACCGUUUCUCCCCAUCUUCUCCUUUUGCUUUUCAUGAAGGAUCUCUCCCUGUUCCUUCUCAAGAACUCCCUCGCGUCCAGGAUGAAGAAAGGGUUCAGGAACUUCUGCCAUGGCGUCAGCUCCACAUCGACCCUGAGGCAGAAGAAGGCCGAACCGGACGUGUCCUGCGUCGCCGCGCCAUCCGUCGAGGGCUCCUACUUGGAGGAAAGUAACGCGACAGCAACCCCUCUGACGCUGGAGCAGAUGAUCUUGCAGCUGGACAUGGAAGAAGAGGCUGCGAGGAGGGAGCAGCUCGACGACUACAGCGAGGUCCACCGGAGGAUGUCGUGCGUGAACAACUCCGACAUCUUGAGGUCCGCGCGGAAUGCGCUGAAUCAGUACCCGAGGUUUUCUCUCGACGGGAAGGACGCCAUGUAUAAGUCGUCCUUCCGCAACCUCGGCGCGAGGCCCAGCACCUUCGACGGAGGCCGUAGAUCCGUUUGCUGCUGCAGCAAAUUCGUGGGAGCGUCCUGCAAAGCCGGUUACCAGCUGGACCUGGAGAGAAACCUGUGUCUUCCGCCGACGGUGGCGGGGGAGAAUGUGGUUUGGUGCAAACCAGGAGUUGUAGCCAAAUUGAUGGGCCUGGACGCUGUGCCGGUGCCAAUAGGCGGCCGGCGAGGGAAGAAUGGAGCCAUUAAUCCUGCUUCAGCUAGUAGGAAGCAAUCUCUGAGGAGAAACGGAAGGCAUGAGCUGGAGAAGGAGAGAGUCCUUCACAUGGGACUGCAUGGCUGCAAGGGGAUCGGGAUGGGGAGGGAAUCAUCUGCUUCUUGUUCCGCUGCAGGCUACUGCGUGAUGAAUCCGAUCUCCGUCGAGCAGUGCCGGAGCGCGGAGGCCUGGCGAUUUGGCCGGGCAAGGUAGCCUUAUCAUGUUAUGGCAUCCCCUGCUUCAGCCGUAAAACCAUUACCGCAGGAUCCCAACCAAGUCAUCUCCUUAGAUUUUGGUCCUUAUAUAUAUAUAUAUAUAUAUAUAUAUAUAUAUAUAUAUAUAUAUAUAUAGAGAGAGAGAGAGAGAGAGAGAGAGAGAGAUGAAACACAAAUAUAUAACAAACAAGUGAUCAGUUGUUCGA